GCGCGACGAAAAUCGUCCAAGGGGGCAUUGAUCGUCACGUUAAAGCUGUCGCCCGAUGCUCUGUCAAAAUUCGGUCCGGCACCACUCAUAAAGGAGGAAGUCCCAUCGAAGGACUCUUCGCCCACCACCUCGAAUUCACUCCCGGCUGCUGCGAGUUCGCAUGGGGACAACCCAUCAGAGUCGGCCUCGAAUACGCCUGCUACUACCAGCGGCACACCAGUUCCCUCAUCGAUGCCACCCCCGACGGAAGGCGUCAAGAAGAAGGGCGUCAAGAGAAGCUCGGGAGUCGCAUUGGGCACAGAUGCAGUUCCUAAGGUCAGAGGCAAGCCUGGUCCGAAGAAGAAGGCAAGAUUGGAGGAUGGUACUAUCGAUCACAGCAGCACCGCCCCAAGGGCAUCGAAUACGACUGCGGCGGCUCACAGACUCGGCCCCAAGGCGAACCAAGGUGCAAUCAAUGCUGGUCUGAGGGCCCUUGACCGGACUGGCAAGCCAUGUCGCAAGUGGCAGAAAGGUUCCUUCAAGCUCAAGAGCUUCACGGGCGUUGUCUGGGAAAUCCCUCGCUGGAAAGCACCCCCGAAGGUCAAAGCUGAAGGCAACCCAGAAGGGUCCGCAUCAGGCGAAAGUAGCAAGGAGAACAAGGACAACAGUCAAAUCGAGAGCGAGAAGAGCAACAAUGGGGCCGAUGUUGAGAUGGCCAGCGCUGCCAGUCAAAACGUUAGCUCCCCGGCUCCC